ACCACACCGUCGUCACCACCACCACCACCGGCGUGCACGACAGAGUAUAAGUCAAGAUGGCGACCGAGGGUCAGUCCGAGUACGAGUCGAUCCUCUGUGUCAAACCUGAUGUCAACGUUUACCGUAUCCCACCGAGAGCAUCCAACCGGGCUAUCAGGGCGGCCGAUUGGAAGCUAGAUGCUCCUGACUGGACCGGACGCAUGCGUGUGACAGCCCGGGGUAAAGUUGCCUACGUGAAAUUGGAAGACAAGAUCUCUGGAGAGCUGUUUGCUCAAGCGCCAGUGGAAGAGUACCCUGGCAUCGCAGUGGAAACAGUUAGUGACUCAAGCCGUUACUUUGUUCUCCGCAUUCAGGAUGAUAAUGGCCGCAGUGCGUUCAUUGGCAUUGGGUUUGGAGAUCGGGGCGAUGCCUUUGACUUCAAUGUUGCACUUCAGGACCACUUCAAGUGGGUAAAGCAAGAAAAUGAAUUCAAAAAGCAGGCUCAGGCUCCAGACAACACACCAAAACUAGACCUGGGCUUCAAAGAGGGACAGACCAUUACUCUCAAUAUUGGGCAAUCAAAGAAGAAGGACAGGUCUCGUCCACAGAGCUCAGGGGGUCUUGGGCUUCUCCCACCUCCUCCAGGGGGCAAGCUGGCCCCUCCACCCUCAUCCAGAUCGACCAAUCAUAACACACAACCACCUGUAGGUGGAAGUGACACUGGUUGUUUACUAGACCUGGACUCCAGCAACUCCAACUCUGCAGCUCCAUCCAACCCCGCCACCACAGCCAGCUCUGACCUGUGGGGAGACUUUGACUCUGUAUCCCCAAAGUGAGGAGAGAUAUAUGUUGUUUUCGCCCUCUUGUUUCUCUGUAAAUUUAUGCAGCAAUUUUUGCAUCUUUGAUUUCCCCGUUAUGGGGUCCUGUAUCUCUCUCUCUGCUAAGCAGGGUAACAUCCUGAACUCGUUAGUUUAAAUUUAGUUCAGAUGAUUGUGGCUUUUGUUCCUAGCCAGAGAUACACCCAGACCUCACAGUCAAGUCUUAAUGAAAACAAUUUACAACAACUCUUCUUCCUCAUCCUUCAUAGGGAGCUCUUUCCUAUGACUGUCAGUUAAUCCUUUAAGCUUUCUGGUUUUGUUCUUUCUGUUCUAAUUCUGCCUUUUGACCCUUUUCUCCUCCUUUUAAUGUUUUUUGCUAAUUUCUAUAGUAGAGUACAUUCAACAAACAUGAUCAAGGGAGAAAGAGUCAAACAUCAGAUGAGGUCUGAUUAAAUAUUAUAAUAAAUGAAAUUUAUGUACAGAGAAUAUUUAUUUUAGAUGUAUAUAACAGUCAGUAGUUGGUAAUUGUUGUGUAAGUGUUGUCAUCUGUACUGUAGUUUAUUUUUCUCUAAGUUCCCUGCAGUGGAACUGAAUAUAUGCACUGACUGGCACUCUAGCCUGUCUGCGUGGUAAAUAAAGUCUGCAUUUAAGGCAGGGAUUAUUUAAAUCGUCAUCUUAGAUUAAUGUGAAGUUUACCACUUGUUGAUUUUACUUGAAGAAACUUGUUAAGCUGUGGCUGAUUUGCAAUAGAGAUGUGUAUAGCGCUCUCUACUGGGCUAUUUUGGCGCUACAGCGUUGUUUUUUGAGUGAGAUGUCAGACUGAGCUGCAGCUGUUGGAACACAUGAUGCACUGGGAAUGUGUCCCGGGCUUGUUCACGAUAUUUUAACAGUAAAUCAGUACAAAUAGACAGGAAAGUAGAAAAGUUGGAUGUGAUAAUGUGUAAACAGAAGAAAGGGAAGCAUCAAGUACUUUUAUCUUUUUCUCAAAGGGAAGCGGGGUGAUUUAGACCAUGUUAUGUCAUCUUUACUCAGCACAGCUGUUUAAGCUGUGACUUGUGAGUCAUUCAGGUCAUGACCUCACCAGUGCUCAAUGAAUAGGUCUGUGUUUCUGCACCAUCCUCUUCUGUCUGGGGGAUAGAGGAGCAGGCAGUUGCAUUUGUUAAAUGCUGUUAUCACAAGGUCUUGAGAUGUAAUCAAGUGGAAAAACAGGAAGAAAAUGCAUUGGAUUCUCUCUUGAAAACAUGCUCACUUAGAGCUUGUGAGGAGUUUUGGGAGGUUUAUAAAAUAGCAGAAACACAGCAGAUGCCUCUUUAUGACCUAUGAAGGAAAUCAAAACUGACAAAGAGAACAUUGACCUGUUGUAUAUGUUAUUUUAAUAUAUAAAACUGCUGCUGAUGGAUACAUGACAGAUGAGUUGAUUAUCAGAAAGCUGCAAAAAUUGUCUCUUUCAUCAUUUGUCGCAGCAAAGGAUCUAUAAGUGAAACAUUUGACUCAGAUCAUAUGUUAAAAACACUACUCGCACACACGUAGGACAAAACUCACAGAGAUUGGAAGUCCUAUUUUGUCCACAAGAGUUGCCAUAAUCAGUGCAACCCCGAUUUUCUCACAGGAGCUUUAAAGAGAUUCUUUGGUGCACUCUAACUUUAUACUGCAUUCCAAAUGAUUAUGCAAACACAAUUCCAAUUAAACAAACAUUUGAUUUUAGUUUUUCAAUUAAAGUUUUCAAUUGUGCUGCUUCUCCUGUCAGUUUCCAUCACUGACAUAAACCUCAGACAGGUGUGGUCAUUAGUUUGCCAGGUGAGCCUAAUUAAAGGGAAACUACUAAAGGAGGAUGUUCCACAUUAUUAAGCUAGUCAUAGGUUUCAUGAAAUAUGGAAAUAAAGAUCUUUCUGCAGAUGAAAAGUGUGAAAUAGUACAGCAUCUUGUAAAAGGUAUGAAAACACUGGAUAUUUCACAAAAAAAUAAGAGAGAUCAUCAUACUGUGAAAAGUGUGUGAUUAACAGUGCAGACGGGUUCGUUCAGUUAAAGCGUAUUAGGGAAAGUUUCUGUAAGGCAAAUUCAUUGUAUUAAGAGAGCAGCUGUGAAAAACCCACUGAUGAGUAGCAAACAUAUUUGAAGCUGCUUUUAUCUAUGGAGUCCCAAGAACCUUCGAUGCAGGAUCCUCCAGAGGCUUGCUGAUUUCAGCCACCCCUUAACCAAUGCCCACAAGUAGAAACGAGUGGGCUCAGAAAUAUAUGAAGGCUUAUUUUCAAACCAUUUUGUUCACUGAUGAAUGCAGUGCUACACUGGAUGGUCCAGAUGGACCUGCCAUGGUAUUAGAAGAAAAACCCUGCCUUCUGGAGUUAAAUCAUUUUAAUACAAGAUAACACACCAUCCCAUGCUGAAAAAAUACCACUGAGGCUUUCGCUGCUAUGGGCAUAAAGGGAAAAAAAAACAUUGUGUUGCCACCAUCAUCCACUGACCUCAACCCUGUUGUGAACCUGUGGAGCAUCCUUAAAAGGAAGCUCUGUGGUUGUGGAUGGCAGUUUCCCUCAAAACAGCAGCUCUGGGCAGCAAUACUGGCAGAAACUGUGCAUGGACUUAUCAGUUCAAAGGAGACUUGUUUUGAUGAUAGCAAAGAAGGGCUCCUAUGUUAACCUGGGACUGAUCCGUGAAGUUGUUUUUGAUUAAAGAAACAUUACCUCUUAAUGCAAAGAAUUACAAUAGAUUUGUGUUUUCAGUCCUUUGAGUAUUUUGAAACUCCGUUUUGCAUUAUAAUUUGGAACACUGCAUUAGUUAAAAAAAAAUCCAAAUUACAGUAUUAUUGCUGAGGAAUGAAAUCCAAUUGACUGCCAAUUACAUGGACUAUUUAAGAAAAAAUACAAGCAGUAUAUGCAUAAUAACAUGGAACACAGUGUAAAGUCACAUUCAAAAGCAAAAUAAUAAAAAACUUGAUCAAUUCUUUUUCUCAACAUCAUAUCCCAUGUAUGUAUCCUCAGCAGCACAUGUGUUCUUGUGAUAGCAGCAUAAAUUAACCUGAGCUUAAAUAUCAGGAGCAGACCAAAUGAUACUGGCAUUACAAAAAUGAUCAGGUAGGUUUCCAGCUUCAGUAGAGGAGGCAUCACCUUUUUUAGUAUGGUGGUUAUCAGGACAUUGACCUUAAUGGCAGUGUAAUGUACUGGACAAACUAGUUUUAACUGUGAACUUAAUUCCAUGUUAAGGUGUACUGGUAAAAAUGGCAUUCUGAUGCAGACAGAUUCAACAUGAGACCAAGCUAGUCUGUGUUUGAUGCUGUGUGUUAUUGUGAUAUCAUGUUCUGACCAGGGAUGAAUUAUGUUACAUUGAUAUAUGCACGUAUGGUGUGACAUUUGGCAGUCUGUGUGAUGUUUGAUAUUGUUUGGAACUUAAAAAUGUUAUAUGAGUCAAUUAAAUGAUGAAGGAAUUUAGAUUAAAAUGAUAGAUUUACUAUUCUGUAACAUUGAGCAAAAUGAUCAACAUUUGCUGGUUCAAAUUGUCUGGUUUUUGAUAGUAAAUACAGUCUUUGAAUUUUAAACCAUAGGUCAAUAGAAAUAAUUUGAAGACAUCACCAUGGACUUGGUGACAUUUUAAAGAGCAGCUUUGAAACUUUGGGAGACUUUUGUACACUAUAAAAAUUAACUGAUUGAUUUGGUAACCAACAGUGAAGCAGAUGGAGCCCUGGAACUCCAAAAUUGUGAGUGUAAAGCCCAAACAGUAUUUGUCAGUGUUUGUUUACAGUUCACAGUAUGCUUCCCUCCCAAAUGUUACUUGUUAUUCAAACUGUAUAUGUGUAUGAAAUGUAUAUGGAAAAUGAAUAUGCAAAGAAAAGAUAAAGUUAA